AUGUCUCCCGCGUUGGCGCAGCACGGUCGGAAGCCCUCUCGACCAAGCUUCACCAACCAUACGCCUCGUGCGUGGGAAUUGAGGGCCCUCAACCCUUCGAUGUUUCCCGCCUCCGGCGAAGACAUGUCCGAGUCUGAUAGAGGGCGAUCGUAUACCACAUCCACCUUCGCUUCCACCUCCGCCAUGGGUCAGCGUUCUUCUACUACGUCUCCCACCUCCGGCACUCUUGACCACGACGACCAUCGCCGUCACCACCAACACAACGAGAGAAUCGUGAGGCAGCAUUCCAUCCACCAAUCCGUCGAGGACAACAGCACCACCAGCCCCUACAUGCUCGUCACUCUCUCGCGGUCGGAAGACUCCUGGUCAAUGCUUUCCGACAGCACGAACCCUCCAACGUAUUCAACCCUCUACACCGGCGGCAUUUCUCGCCGACCAAAUCUCGAACCUCGCCCAAACCCACCCAACACAACAACCAGAAUGAUCACCCAAACAAGUCACCUCCGCCUCCCACGGAACAACGACUCUCGCGAACUGGCCUUUUUCUUACGUACAACAGGACCCAGUAUUCCCCGCCAAGUUCCCAACCACCCGGAACCGCCUCGGGUGUAUUCUCAUCUUCGCCCACCGAGAAGAGCGGUCAGCGUUCCGAAGAGCGCGCUCAAGUUUUUGAAGUUGCGAGGUGGCGGUGGAUCCCAGCAGGGUCGAGGAGGUGCUUUGCCGCCGAUGCAGAAGCGGGUUGUAACCGAGGUGCAGGCGGAGGAAGAGAGAUUGUGCCCGCGCGAUGAAGGUGGCUUGCUAAGUUCGGUGCAGCAGAAAGUUUCUUCGACAGGCACGCCGUACCUGGAGCUUCGAGCACCGAUCAGUCAACGCCGCAUCGGCACCGAGAAGGAAGAGAAGAAGCAAGAGGAUAUACUGAGUCCCGAAGUCUUGGAGUCUCGAGUCUCGGUCCGCUUUCACGACGAACUCAACGGAAGCGAUGUACUGAGCAGCUGGCUAUCCACGCUCAAUUUACAACACACCACACCGCAGAGUAGCAGCCAGAAACAGCUGUCACAUACCAGCAGUGAGACUCCGCCGAAAGCGACGACAUACGAAGAAGUGGCCCACCGACUGGCACGACAAUGUCCUACACCGAUUCGCCCUGCUGCAUCUGAACCUCCUUCACCAAUACCUGAGUCGGCGGUGUCCAUGUCAGAGUCGUAUAGAAGUGCAUUCGAUCAAGAGACUGAGACGGAGUCGUCUGAGACUACACGAGCACCACUGCCACAUCCCGCAUAUCGAAAGCGUCUCACCAUCUCGCUACCAGACGAGGAGUUCCCAGUCAAGCAUCCCACAUACGACAAAGACGUUGAGAUCCGCCAUCCAUUCCCUCGACGUAUGGGAAGCCAUCCCGUUCUCUCGCAAAGAGCGUCGCACAUCACUCCUAGCAUGUACCAACGUGACGUCUCUGACAGUCCUGGUCCACCUCCGCCAAAGUCUCCCCUUCGUCUCAGACACGACCAUCGUACCAUUGACGGUACGUUGAACAGGAACACUACGACGACUUCCAACGGUCGAGCGACUCCAACACCACGAAUGGCUCCGAGCAUCAAGUCCGUCAGCGACUUCCACUUCGACGUCGACCCUAUCCGAGCUACUGUUACAACCGAAUGCACAGGUCCGAUAUCACGUCACAAGUCGAGAAACGGAGAAGUAUUGCAGGGCUACCCUUCUCUUCGAAGAGGCAGUAAAUCCGAACGAGCUGUGGAGAGACUUCGUGCUCGGAAGUUGCGUGAGCGACCGACCUUGAACGUUCGGACGAUCGACUCGGUAGUCAACAGCUCGCCGUCCGACAUCCAUAUCAGCAACGCUAACGCUCGCCAUCGACUGCGCAAGACGAGACCUCAGAUACAGAUACCUUCUUCCUCAUACACUCCACCUUCACGCCAGACUUCCAUGUCCUCGAAUGGCACUUCUCGAUGGGAGCAGCGGAUCGCUCACUCUUCCAAAAUCCCAGUAUCUCCUGUUCCAUCUCUCGCGAGUAUUCCCUCCUUCACGCACCAAGAGGAAGGUGCAGAGAGGUUGUCAACUUCAAUCCGACGAGAAUCAGGCUACACACCCAUCUCACCCUCCGCCUGCUCUGAAGCAGCCACCCUCCACCCACCACGAGAAUCCCACACCACCUUCCGACAGAGCACCUCAACUCAACGCUCCCACUCCCUCCGCAUGAGUCGAAGCCCAAGAAUGUGUCUCGCCGAACAAGUCCCCUUCUCGAAAGUCCGACCAACUCACUACGCUCCCCGUCCCCGAUCCGCCAGCAUGGGCAGAAAACCCGGCAAGCGAGCCCGCAACUCCUCCUCAAACGACUCCCGAAGCCUGAAACAACAAGAAGACAAACUCCCCCGCCAGCACCCCAUUCUAUCAGCAGGAGACUCCUGGCCAGACCUCUCCGUCGCCUCUCCACCCCCGCCUCCAAUCCCCGACUUCAUGCCUCCUCCACCGACCCGAGCUCUCCCACCCACACCACCUGCAUCAGGAAGCGAACGUCUCGCCAAUACAUCCAAGCGUAGACCCUCCCCCAGCGUCACCUCUUCACCCACCACAAACGGAGCCAUCCGAACAUCCUCCUCAUCAUCAUCAAUCCCCUACCGUCCUCGCACCUCCGAGGAAAUCAUAAGCAGACUCCCCCAACAAAACGUCGGCACUUCUUUCAGCUCGCACACUUCCUCCCGCGUCCCCGCUGUGGCUGCAGAUCAAGAAAAAGAAGUCGUCGUCGACAACACCGUCGCCCGGCUCAGCACACCGGCUCCAUCCCGCGCGACGGCACGAUUCAACGCCCGGCUCGAAGCGCUGGAGAAACAGAAUGCUCUCCUCUCCGCGGCAUUGGUCGCCGUUUUACGUACGAAUGGGGACUUGAACGCCGCCGUCUCACCAGGCGAUGCAGUCCCGGGAGCUGUUCAAAGCGGCGUCUCUCCAAUCGGUGCAGAUGGUCCCGCCGAGAUGCCCUUGCCUAGCAGACCAUCAAGGGACGCAGAGCCUUGGAACCAGAAGUCCCCAGCCAUGGCACCACCACAACCCACCCGCCCCAGCGCCGACUCGAAUCGACAGAAACCUCCCGUCCCUCGGAAAGACAUCCCCACAGGAACGACCGACUUAACCCUCGUCCAAACCAGCACCGGCAAAAUCGUCAACCUAGGAGCAGGAGGGGGAGGCACGAAAAUGAUGGCCUGGCAAGCUCGAGUCGCGAAGAGGAGUGGGGGGCUGCCGCCGGCGGGUGGGGGAGGGGUUGGGAGUGGUGGGGAGGGGAGGGCGAGUGGUGGGGAGGGGAGGGGGGGUCGGGAGAGUAGGGAGAGUGCGAGGAGUGGGGGGAGUGUACAGAGUGGGAGUUUGGGGGCGUUGGAUAUGUAUUUGAGUACGAGGAGGGGUGGAUGA